AUAUAAAUAUAAUCAAUACAUCUUUAGAUUUAUACUUAGAUUCUACCAUAAUACGCGUAAGACAAGGCAACAAAUAUUAUUGAAAACAGAUAUAUGGCGGUUCAUAAAAACUAAAAAAAUCCAUGCUUCUUUGAGAAUUUUUCUUUACCCUACUGAAUAUCGUAAACUAAGGUGUACUGACGAGUUAUGGAGUACCUAUGAUCGUACUUUAGGAACCUGAAUUAGUUCAAAAGAUGGAGCUGCUGUGUCGUAGUGUUGGGCAGUUGGCUUUGAAACAGAGAAUCUUUGUUCCAUGUGUAAGUAGUGUUAGACACCAUAACCACUAUGAGUUCUCAAGGUGGCGUAAGAAGUACAAACAGCCAAUAUGGCGGUAUAAGCUAAAGGAUAAACGAGCCCUGAUUCCACCCGAUGCCUGGGCUGAGCCUCUUUAUGAACGGCACGAGAAAAUUGCUCGAGGGGAAGAGGUGGUACCACAGACUCCAGUGAUGCUGCACUUGGUUCAGAGAAUCAAGACACUAAGAGGCCAACCGCAUACUGUAAAGACCCUCAUGGAGAAACUAGGCUUAGAUGGACCAUUACAUAAGAUGGUGAUUAAAAAGAAUGAGCCUUCAGUGAACAAGGAACUAAUGAAAGUGAAACACUUAAUCAAAAUUCAACAAAUUACAUUUCCCUACGGCCCCCCUACCUCUGAUUCAGAUCUCGAUCACACAAUGGUGAAAACUAACGGGGAAUGUAUGGUCACUAAGGAAAUCAAUUCUAGCGAAAUACCAGUAAAGUUCGAAAUGGAUGAGGAUCGUAAAAAAUGGUUGAUGGAUAAGGAUACGCUGAAGCGCCAUCUACAGUUAAAACAGCAGCAGUUUAAAGUCGGGGAAGAAUAUUGGAAAGAGCAAACUGUUUAUAAGUACAAUCAAGAUGGUAAAGAACAUAGAUAUUCUCACAAUAAGAGCCAAGAGAAAAUCAAGGAACAUUAUAACAUGGGGAGACCUUUCAAAGGCAAAUUAUAACAACAUUACUUUAGUUAAUAGAAAUUCCAUCAGAUUUUUAAUAGAAAUAUAGCCCUCUGUUUAGAGAGGGGGUGCCCAGGUUUGUUAUAAGAAUGAUUUGUUCAAAUACUUUAAGCACUAAGCAUUUUAUUUUGAUGUACUAUGUUAUGAUUUGAUCAGAAAUUAGUUAUUUUGUGUGGUUGAUUGUUUGAAAAACAACAUUUGUGCACUUACAUAUGUAUUGGAUAUGGAUAUUUGAUAUGAUUAAUAUUUGUCUAAAGAAUAAAUAACCUUGAAAUUAAA